AUGAGCUUAGUGUUCAGUGGCGCACUUCCUCCUAAUAUCACUUCACCAUCUAACCUAGAAUAUUUAUCCCUUGGAAGUAACAACUUCAAAGGGCCAAUCCCAAAAUCCAUUUCCAAAUUUGUCAACCUUGAAAUACUUGACCUUUCUCAUUUCGACACCCAAGGCCGCCCAGUUGACUUUAGUAUCUUCUCUCCUCUCAAGUCACUUGAAAGUCUUUACCUAUCCUAUUUGAACACCACCACUACGAUUGACUUGAAUGAUAUCUUAUCAUAUUCCAAAAGCCUCUAUGAAGUAGAUCUCUCAGGCAACCAUGUUUCAACAACAAACAAGAGUUCAGUUUCAAAUCCCCUUUCACAGGAGAUAGAUUCUUUGUACUUGUCAGGCUGCGGUAUCACCGAGUUUCCAGAGCUCCUAAGAACCCAAUAUGAAGUGACGCUAUUGGACAUCUCCAACAACAAAAUCGAAGGUCAAGUCCCUGCCUGGUUAUGGACUCUACCAAAUUUGACGUACGUGAAUCUUUCAAACAAUACUUUCAUCGGUUUUCAAAGAUCAAAAAAGAAACAAGCACUAUCCUCUGUCCGGAAACCAUCUAUGAGGCACUUGCUUGGCUCCAACAACAACUUCACCGGAAAGAUUCCUUCUUUCAUAUGUGAGUUGCAUUCUCUAAACACUCUCGAUUUAUCUGAAAACAACUUCAGUGGUUCAAUUCCUCAUUGUUUGGGAAAUCUCAAGAGAAAUCUUUCAGAUCUAAACCUUCGUCAGAAUAAUCUUAGCGGAGGUCUUCCAAAGCAUAUAUUUGAAAGUCUAAGGUCGUUUGACGUUGGUCAUAACCUACUUGUGGGAAAGCUUCCAAGACCUUUGAACCGAUUCUCAACUCUUGAAGUUUUGAACGUGGAAAGCAACAGAAUCAACGACACGUUUCCGUUCUGGUUGGGUUCUCUACAAAAGCUACAAGUUCUUGUCCUUCGCUCAAAUGCAUUCCAUGGACCAAUACAUCAAGCCUCGUUCCCUCAGUUGCGAAUCAUCGACAUAUCACAUAAUCACUUCGAUGGAACUUUGCCAUCAGAUUACUUUUCCAAGUGGACUGCAAUGUCAUCACUUGAGACAAACGAAGAUCAGUCGAAUGUCAUCAGUUACAUGGAAGAUACAUCAGGGUAUUACCAUGAUUCAAUGGUUUUGAUGAAUAAAGGUGUAGAGAUGGAGCUGAGAAAUCUUUCAGAUCUAAACCUUCGUCAGAAUAAUCUUAGCGGAGGUCUUCCAAAGCAUAUAUUUGAAAGUCUAAGGUCGUUUGACGUUGGUCAUAACCUACUUGUGGGAAAGCUUCCAAGACCUUUGAACCGAUUCUCAACUCUUGAAGUUUUGAACGUGGAAAGCAACAGAAUCAACGACACGUUUCCGUUCUGGUUGGGUUCUCUACAAAAGCUACAAGUUCUUGUCCUUCGCUCAAAUGCAUUCCAUGGACCAAUACAUCAAGCCUCGUUCCCUCAGUUGCGAAUCAUCGACAUAUCACAUAAUCACUUCGAUGGAACUUUGCCAUCAGAUUACUUUUCCAAGUGGACUGCAAUGUCAUCACUUGAGACAAACGAAGAUCAGUCGAAUGUCAUCAGUUACAUGGAAGAUACAUCAGGGUAUUACCAUGAUUCAAUGGUUUUGAUGAAUAAAGGUGUAGAGAUGGAGCUGGUACGUAUCCUCACAAUCUACACAGCAAUCGAUUUUUCAGGAAACAAAUUUGAAGGAAAGAUUCCAAAGUCCAUCGGUCUAUUGAAAGAGCUUCGUGUGCUUAACUUGGCAAACAAUGCUUUCGCUGGCCGCAUCCCUUCAUCUAUGGGGAACCAUUGA